AUACAUUUCUUAUGUGAUAGACUCGCAAUGUCCACUAGGAGGCUUGACUAACAAGGUAUUUGUGUCGACGCAAACAUUUAUGGCGUGAACUGUAAAAUAUAGAUGAAACGAUGCUUUAAAGGACACAAGCCUACUGUCGGAGGACGAGGUGUUUGUUGGAUUAUCAAAGAUCAUCCGUCUGCUCUUUCUAUUGGCUAGUCUAGUGCGCAUCUAUGAGCUCCCUACCACCCUCCACUUCAGCCGUCAGUAGCCCUGUCAGCUCCAUAGAUUCGCCACUGUCAGCCGUCAGCUCAUCCAUCGGUUCUCCCGGCGUUCCGGGCACCCCAUCUGUCGGCUAUGGACCCAACAGCAACCCUCAGAUAAACUCCUCAAUGUCUGUCUCUGGGUUACAUGCUGUCAGUAGCUCUGAUGAUGUGAAACCCCCGUAUGGCCUAAAGUCUGUCAGUGGCUCCGGGCCAAUGCUGUCCCAGAAACGCAUGUGUGCCAUUUGUGGGGAUCGCUCAUCUGGGAAGCACUAUGGUGUGUACAGUUGCGAAGGCUGUAAGGGUUUCUUCAAACGCACAGUGAGGAAAGACCUGAGCUACACCUGCAGGGACAACAAGGAGUGUCUGGUUGAUAAACGCCAACGCAACCGCUGUCAGUACUGCCGCUAUCAGAAGUGCCUGGCUACGGGAAUGAAAAGAGAGGCUGUUCAGGACGAGCGUCAGAAGGGGAAGGAACGGGACGGGGACUAUGAAUGCAGCAGCGCAGUGAAUGAGGAGAUGCCCGUGGAGAAGAUCCUAGAGGCUGAGACGGCUGUGGAGCACAGGACAGAUCUGCAUUCGGAUGUGACUGCUUCACCUAAUGAUCCAGUCACUAACAUUUGCCAGGCUGCAGACAAACAGCUCUUCACUUUGGUGGAGUGGGCCAAGAAGAUCCCUCACUUCUCUGAGCUGCCAUUGGACGACCAAGUUAUCCUCCUCAGGGCUGGAUGGAAUGAGCUUCUGAUCGCCGCCUUCUCUCAUCGCUCCAUCAGUGUAAAGGAUGAGAUCCUGUUGGCCACAGGUCUGCAUGUUUCCAGAGACAGCACUCAUAACUUGGGUGUGGAGGCCUUUUUUGACAGGGAGAGUGCACAAAGUGCAGAGGUGGGAGCUUUAUUUGACAGGGUGUUGACUGAGUUGGUUUGUAAGAUGCGGGAUAUGCAGAUGGACAAGACAGAACUCGGCUGUCUGCGCGCCAUUGUCCUGUUUAACCCAGAUGCCAAAGGUCUGACUAGCACCAGUGAGGUAGAGCUUCUCCGAGAGAAAGUCUACGCGUCCCUGGAGACCUACUGCAAGCAGAAAUACCCUGAUCAGCAGGGAAGAUUUGCCAAGCUUCUCCUUCGGCUUCCUGCGUUGCGUUCAAUUGGCCUUAAAUGUCUGGAGCACCUUUUCUUCUUCAAGCUGAUUGGAGACACCCCCAUUGACACUUUCCUCAUGGAGAUGCUGGAGUCACCCCACUAGCUGCAUCAGAGAGAGCGAGAGGUUUGGAGACAGGGAUUUUGCCCUAGGUCCUGGAGAUAACUGUGAUUGCACUUUUUCUUCCCAGGGGAAUUACAGCGAUUGGUCCGCCUCUGGUCCGGGGGUAUUUUUAUUGUUUUUUUUUUUUGUUUUGUUUUUUUCUCUUGACUAUCUUUUAAGUGCACCACAGAAUCUAGAGACCCAAAACUCGCCAUGAAAAAUUUUGGUGCUACAUUUCAACAGUAAGCUAAUUCUUUAUAUAUAAAAAAAAAACAAAAGUUUGUAAGUAUGAAAGCUCCAAUUACCUGACUGGUUUAGAUAAGCGGGGUUUACAUUUUGAUAGAACCAUUCGAGGCUUUUAAAACACUGUGGAGGAUAAGCUUUAAUCGUAUGUGCGUGUGCUUCACCAUCUCUUGAGUUUGGUGCUUUCGUCUUGUGUGGCUAUUUUAUUUCGCCCCGACCGACAAGGACUGACUGGUCACUUGGGCAGAGAGAUGAAUGAAUUCAUUCGGUAUUAUAGGUUUUAAUUGACAUGGCUUUGCCCAGUGCGAGGAAUCUGGCAAAGAGAUCUAUAUGCAAUGAAGCUUGAAAUGAUGCAAAACAGCAUAGAUGCAUAAUCUCCAAAAAAUGCAAUUUUUACAGUAUACUGUGCAAUGUUAAAGGAAAACACCACCGUUUUUCAACAUUUUACUAUGUUUUUACCUCAACUUAUGAAUUAAUGCAUAUCUAUAUUUUUUCAAUGCGUGCACUUAAUCUUUGUACAGCGCGUUGUAAAUGUGUUAGCAUUUAGCCUAGCUCCAUUCAUUCCUUAGGAUCCAAACAGGGAUGAAUUUAAAAGCCACCAAACCCUUCCAUGUUUUCCCUAUUUAAAGACUGUUAAGUAUGGUGGCACAAAAUAAAAGUGGCAAUUUUUAAAGUUUAAUAAAAUAUAGUUCUCAUUUUUAUCUGCUUAAAAAAUUGCCACGUUUUAUUUUGUGCCACCAUAACUACUCAUGUAAGAGUCUUUAAGUAGGGAAAACAUGGAAGUGUUUGGUGGCUUCUAAAUUCAUCCAUGUUUGGAUCCUAAGGAAUGAAUGGGGCUAGGCUAAAUGCUAACACAUUCAUUACGCGCUGUACAAAGAUUAAGUGCACGCAUUCAAAAAAGAUAGGUAUGUAUUAAUUCAUCUAAGUUGAGGUAAGAACAUAGUAAAAUAUUGAAAAACGGUGAUGUUUUCCUUUAAGCCUAAAUACAGAGGUGGAUGUGAGGGAAAUCCAAGCACUCUUUAUUAUCUCAUGCACUCGUUUUAUUAUCGCAUCAUGAGUGCCUAAUUGACAUAAGCUUGAUAUGUUUUUUUAUUUAACAUACGAGAGAAGGAAGAAAACAAGGACAAAUCUCUCUUUAUGUCAUCGGCGAUUAUCGUACGAAGCAGGUCAAUUUCUCUUUCAUUCUUUCGGUUUUGCCUGAAGUGUCCUCGGCUAAAAUCGUCUUAAAACCUGCGUUGGUUUUACUCUAGUUAACCGUCGUUUAAUAAAACACACUCUUUAUCACAUAUCGGGUAACUGUGUAAAAGUGAUAAUUCCUUAAGUAAACUGCACUAUACUAAAAAUGUCAUUCCUUUUUAGUUUUUGCUUUUUUUGACCAGGGUCAGGUGUUUUAUGUUUACUUUGGUGCUUGGGAAUGGACAUUUCAUAUGACAGCCCUGCAGAAAGUGCACAUUCAAAACAACAGCUAUAUUCAGCUUAUACUAAAUCUGAGCAAUAUGAAAGUUCAUGGACACAGAGGACUUGCUUUUCUAUUUGGAAACCCUUUCAACUUGAAAUUUAUACUGUGCAGAUAUUGUUCAAGGACAUUGUGUAGCUAUCGGGUAGACAUAGGCUAGGAAUCAGUAUGUAUUCUUGUGCUUCUAUCACUUGCUUUAGUUUAUAGUUGGCUUACAUAUCGGAGAAAAAGACAUGGUUUGCACUGGAUUUUACCGUAAAUCCUGGACUCUUUGGAUUUUGUCUUUUAUUUUCUCCCUGCGAACUGAGCUUUCCUUUCAACUUACCAUUGUUUUUGUUUUUGUUUUGUUUUUGCUUUACCAUGGCAUCUCUCUGUCCAUGCUGAAUAAAGUUAUGGGGACAAAUGCAAACUCACUUGCCAUAGAUAUAAUCUAACAACACACAAGGUUGUUUUUGUAUGGUCUUGUACAACCAACAUCUUUACUGCAUUAGGCAUGUUACAUGUCUGUUGUUGCACUAAAAAUUGUCAUACAAUUAUGAUAAGUAAUGAGAUUCCAUCAGUUUGGAUGUUGUCACGGCUCAUUUUAGAAGAGCCCGGUGAUGCUGAAAAAGAGAACCAUCUGCUGUACUUGACCCUAAAUAAAGGUGAUGAUAUGUCUAACAA